CAGGAGGAUCAUGGGACGUCAGACCAUCAAACUGUAACUGAAGAGACUGAAACGCAGCCAGCAGCCAAUCAGACGCUCCGAAAGUUGUCUUGGAUCUGCUGCAGUGUGAGGUGUGAGGUGACCCCCCCCCCCCCCGGGUCGUCAUGCAGAGCGUGAAGUGCGUGGUGGUCGGAGACGGAGCCGUGGGGAAGACCUGCCUCUUGAUCUCAUACACAACCGGAGCCUUUCCUAAAGAGUACAUCCCCACCGUGUUCGACAACUACAGCAGCCAGGUGACGGUGGACGGGCGCAUGGUGAGUCUGAACCUGUGGGACACGGCGGGCCAGGAGGAGUACGACCGGCUGAGGACGCUCUCCUACCCGCAGACCCACGUCUUCAUCAUCUGCUUCUCCAUCUCAAGCCCCGCCUCCUACGAGAACAUCAAGCACAAGUGGCACCCCGAGGUGUCUCACCACUGCCCCGACGUCCCCAUCCUCCUGGUGGGAACGAAGAGCGACCUGCGGGAGGACGGCGAGACCCAGAGGAAGCUGAAGGAGCAGAGCCAGCUUCCUGUGAGCCACCAGCAGGGGGCGGCACUCGCCAAGCAGAUCCACGCCAUGCGCUACCUGGAGUGCUCGGCAUUGAACCAGGACGGCAUCAAGGAGGUGUUCUCCGAGGCCGUGAAGGCGUACCUGAACCCAACACCUGCCGCCACCAAGAAGCCCUGCGUCCUGCUGUAGAUUCAAGAUGUCAAGGCUUUUAUCAUCAUGUGUUCAGAGCCACAGUGUAGAUAUGCCCACGAUUAUCUGAGGUCACAGGCUCCUCCCACAGAGCAGCAACACAUAGAGCAAGAACAGUCUAUGCAUAGAGAAUGAAUAACAACAUGUCUUCCGGUCUGAGUUAAUUAUUUAGAGAUUUGUGUGUUUUUAGUUGGGUUUUUUUGGUCUUCGAACCGAAUAUUAUUUAAUGGUUUUUGUUGUGUUUUCUUUUCUAGUGUUGUGGUUUUUAAGUUACAACAGUUUUAAUGGAAGUAAACAGUAAAUAGCAGGGUUUUAAUGGAAGUAAACAGUAAAUAGCAGGGUUUUAAUGGAAGUAAACAGUAAAUAGCAGGGUUUUAAUGGAAGUAAACAGUAAAUAGCAGGGUUUUAAUGGAAGUAAACAGUAAAUAGCAGGGUUUUAAUGGAAGUAAACAGCAGGGUUUUAAUGAAUUUUGAUCUUUGAAGAUUUGGAGAGUUAUGGUACGUUCACACAAGUUUUACUCGUUUCACAAUUGAACUAAAUGUGCAUCUAAGUGCGGCUUUGCUUUGACUUCUUGUUAUGUAAUCACAACGCACAAACCAUUGGCUUUGCGUCCGCUGUGAACGUACCUUUAGUUCUGGGAUCUGGUUGAACUCUAGCUGAGCAACACUGUGCGGUUAUAGAUAUGCAUUCCAGCUGAUACCGCACGAUCAGAUCCUCCGCACGGCCUCAGAUCAGCGUUUGAGUUUCAUUCCUAUAAACAUGGACAUUUCAAUUCCACAUGUGCAUUAGAUGUUUUGUUCGUGUUUACAUUCUCACACUGAACAUGGGGAAUAUACAUUCACCCCAAGUGAACAAGUUACCGUGAAGAGAACUCACAAACUAACAUGCUGUGAAGCCACAAAGUUCCUUGAAGGUCCCUAUUAUUUAAAAUCCUCUUCUUCAUGUCUCUUCUUCAUCAACAUGUGUCCCCUCUUCUUCAUGUCUCUUCUACAUCAACAUGUGUCCCCUCUUCUUCAUGUCUCUUCUUCAUCAACAUGUGUCCCCUCUUCUCCAUGUCUCUUCUACAUCAACAUGUGUCCUCUCUUCUUCAUGUCUCUUCUACAUCAACA